AUGGAAGCUCUCAACGCCGCUGGCCGUAGAGUCUCUCUCCUCAACGAUGACGGCCCUCGCCAACCGUCGUCAUACUCCAUGGCCCAUGCCUAUGCCACCCCUCCGUCAGGCGCCUCGUCGCCCAUCAGCCCCCAAAUCUGGCGCUCCGGAUCCUACGACUCGCAAGUGAGCGGCAGCGACGCCGUCUCCCCGCUGACACCCGCACUCGACUAUGCCUACAACUCUUCGCAUUCGUCUAGCCGCGCCUCCAACAAUACCAAGCGUCCCUUGCACUACGCCAGUAGCCGUUCCACUUCUAACGAAGACGAGGUUCCCGUCGCUCCCGGCGUCGCCCAGGACCGCCCCGCUAAGCGCUACCCGUGCCGCUUCCGCGAUUCCCACGGCUGCGAAAAAACCUUUACUACCUCGGGUCAUGCUUCCCGCCAUUCCAAGAUUCACACCGCUGAGAAGGCUGUCCAGUGCACGUUUCACGGCUGCCAGAAGAAGUUCACCCGCGCCGACAACAUGAAGCAACACCUCGAGACGCAUUACAAGGACAAGACCCGCAGCUCCGGCAGCCACCGCUCUGCCACCGCCGCCCACCAAAAGUCUGCCACAGAGCAUCGUCGCCCGGCCGCCGCCACUGCACGCAGCCGCUCUUCCUCGUCGCUCAGCGGACCAGAGCUAGAUGUCCGCCAGUACGCGCUGCCUACGCCACCCCCACUGCGUUCGCCUGCUGUCAUGGCGAGCGGUGGGCGCUCGGCCUGGGAGAUGACAGGCACGACGACUCUGCCCCUGCAUAGCCGCCCGUCUCCUAUACACGCCCCUAACAGCGGCCUCGACGCGCUUGCUAUGGCUAUUGCCUGCCAAGAAAGUUCAUGA